CGCCGGAGUAGCUUUCGUGUGUGGCGGAAGAUGGCUGACAGCGUAGCUUUGGUAGCCAAAAGAUGCGACUCUGGCUCUUUGUCGUCUGUGAGCAUGGAGACCAUCUCCGGGCUGACGGAGCUGGACGACCUGGAGCGGGUUUACCAGCAGCUCUGUACCGAGGAGGUUCGUAUCGGAGGCAGAGCUCAGUCUGUUACCUACGUCACCAUACAGAAGUGGAUGCUGAGCUCGACAGGCUGGUGGGACAGGAGGGGAGCAUUCACACAAAGAUGCUGGCACUGCAGAGGAUGGGACCGAAUCUACAGCUGAUUGGAGGAGAUGCCAGCCAGCUGUCAGGCAUGAUCACUUUCACCUGCAGUCUGGCUGAAAAUGUCAGCCGAAAAGUCAGACAGCUAGACCUGGCAAAAACCCGGCUUUAUAACGUCAUCCAGCGCGCUGACGACAUCCUGGACCUGAAGUUCUGCACUGACGGCGUUCAGACGGCGCUGCGUAACGAAGACUAUGAACAGGCGGCUGCUCACAUCCACCGCUACCUUUCUCUGGACCAAUCAGUAAUCGAGUUGAGCCGUCAGGGAGAAGAAAGCAGCGCUGUGGACGCCAGUCUGGUGAUGCUGCAGGAGGCGGAGCAGAAGCUGAAGGUGAUCGUGGCAGAGAAGCUCGAUGAGGCUGUAGCGGCCGUCGACCUGGCUCAAGUGGAAAGGUUCUUCAAGAUCUUCCCUCUGCUGGGCCUCCACCAGCAGGGUCUGGCCCGGUUCGGCCAGUACCUGUGCAGUCAGCUCGCCUCCAAAGCUGAGGAGAACCUGCUGUUGGCGACAGGAGGCGAUCUGGGAGAGAAGAGAGCUCUGCUGAUAUUUGCAGACACUUUGACGCUGCUGCUGGAAGGCAUCGCUCGUGUCGUUGAGACUCAUCAGCCCAUAGUGGAGACGUAUUACGGUCCGGGCCAUCUGUACACCCUCAUCACUCACCUGCAGCAGGAAUGCGACCGGCAGGCCCAGAAAAUUGUUGAUAAGUUCAUCCAGCAGAGAGGAUACCACAACAAGUUCCAGAUUGUCCAGACCAGCAUGAUGAAGAGCGUUCCAGGGGAGAGGAUCGAGCCGAGGGAGCUGGACCCCGUGCUGACAGAAGUGACGCUGAUGAACGCCAGGGCGGAGCUGUACCUGCGCUUCCUGCGUCGCCGCAUAAUGGCCGACUUUGAGGUUGGAGAUGGUCAGAGCAUCACACCAGAGCACCAGCAGAAUGUGGAGAAGCUAAUCAAGCACUGUUUGCUGAGCACCAGGAUGCAGGAGCUGAUUGGAUAUUACAUCCCAAUGGAGGAGUACUACAUGAGAGAGUCGGUCAACAAGGCUGUUACCAUGGAUACUUACGAGAAGGGUCAGCUGACCAGCAGCAUGGUGGACGACUGUUUCUACAUCGUUAAAAAGUGCAUCAGCAGAGCGUUGUCCAGCUCCAACAUCGACUGCCUCUGCGCCAUGAUCAACCACGCCAACUCUCUGCUGGAGUCAGACUUCAGAGAGGUGUUGUACAACAAGCUGCGGCAGGGCUUCCCGGCCACGACGCUCCAGGACAUCCAGCGGGGCGUCAGCAGCGCCGUCAGCCUGAUGCAGAGCAGCUUGCAGCAGGGCAAGUUUAACACGCUGGGCAUUGAGAGCACCGAAAACGCCAAGGCUGCCUUCCUGGUCACUCUGAAUAACGUGGAGGUUUGCAGUGAGAAUAUCACAACGCUAAAGAGAAACCUAGAGAACGACUGCUCCAAGCUGUUCAGCCAGGGAGUCGGAUCUGGUGAAAAAGCAAAGAUUGAAAGCUGCUUGUCCGACCUCAUCGGCACUUCUGCAAAGUUCAAGGAUCUAUUACAGGAGGGUCUAACAGAGUUGAACACGACAGCUGUAAAGCCUCAAGUCAAGCCCUGGAUCAGCAGCUUUCUAUCCAUCUCCCACAACAUAGAGGAGGAAGAGUUUAAUGACUAUGAAGCUAACGACCCCUGGGUGCAGCAGCUCAUCGUUAACCUGGAGCAGCUUAUGGCAGAGUUCAAGACCGCCCUCAGUCCUGUCAUCUACGACACUCUGACCAGCCUGAUGACCAGCCUGAUCUCUGUAGAGCUGGAGAAAACCGUGCUCAAAUGCUCCUUCAGCAGGCUGGGAGGGCUGCAGUUUGAUAAAGAGCUGCGGUCUCUGGUGGCGUACCUCACCACGGUCACCACCUGGACCAUCAGAGACAAGUUCGCUCGCCUCACGCAGAUGGCCACCAUCCUCAACCUGGAGCGGGUGACUGAGAUCUUGGACUACUGGGGUCCUAACUCAGGCCCGCUGACAUGGCGGCUGACCCCCGCCGAGGUGCGUCAGGUUCUGGCUUUGCGGAUCGACUUCAGAAGCGAAGAUAUCAAGAGGCUGCGACUCUAGAUAACGAGCUAGUGGCCGUCUGCAAUGUUUGCCCAGCUGAUCCCAGUCUGCAUCAGUUCCAGCUGAGCUUCCAGAGACGCGGUUUCACAGCAGCGACGGCGAGCGGCCUGAUCUUUAGUUAACUGUAAAAUGUGUAAUUAAAAUCAUAAAUGUGUGACUGUA